UGGGUGACUGGGAUGGUGAGAGAGCAGUGGGUGAGAGGCAGUUGCUGUUAUAAGACGCCUGAGUGUGUGGAGGCCAUGUGCUAGAACACCAGUGACUUCUGUCAGUGUUUCUGUCCAUCAUCCAGCCAUGCUUCAACCAGUGCACUAUCUGCUUCUAGCUUCUGCUGUGCUGCUCUGCAACGCUGCACCCACGGAGAAACAUGGAGGUUCCGACACCAAGUGUCCUCUGAUGGUGAAAAUCCUGGACGCAGUGAAAGGGACUCCAGCUGGAUCAGUGACACUCAAGGUGUCUCAGAAAGCUGCUGAUGGAGGAUGGACUCAGAUUGCAAAUGGAGUGACGGAUGCCGCUGGAGAGAUUGACAAUCUAAUCACAGAGCAGCAGUUCCUGGCAGGAGUGUAUCGUGUUGAGUUUGAUACCAAAGCUUACUGGAAGAAUGUGGGGAGCACACCAUUUCAUGAAGUAGCUGAUGUCUCUGCACGGCCCUGCAGCAGAGCGAACAACAGAUACACCAUAGAGCUACGGAGGUUAACAGAUACAAACCAAAGCAAUUGUUUUCAAACUGCUUUUUGACUGGGGUUCAAAAAGUUGGAUAAUUAUCUUCAUUAUAUUAUUCUUCUGUUUGUCCACAGUGUGAAUUAAUAAAUGAUGUCUGUUUUAGUUACAAUGUCUGAAGUGAAAAUUCUGCAUAUAUUAUGUACCCGUGUUUUAUAAGAUUUACAAUUGUGAAAAAAGGGCUCACAAAGUGGAACAGAUACUCUUUUGUCUGAAUAUUUGUGCACCACAAAAUAAAUUUAUGUUUUUAAAGUUCUGUGCACCAACUUCCACUGGUACAAAAACAAUACAGUGCAAAACUGGUGAUGUGAGUUCAGAUCUUGAGGGUCAAUAUAUAAUUGCAAGACUUUUUGUAACAUAGUUGACAGGCACCAUUGUUGACAUUUUUGCUGUUUUCAGGCCUAAAAUCAACAUUGCCGCCUAUAACCAAACACCACAUAGCAUUUUUACAGAGAGAUUCUUCUAAAUAUUAUAUAUACAAUUGAGUAAAAUUGAAAGUUAUUUAUAAAGACAUUGUAGUAAACCUAUUGAAACUUGACUCACACAUUACUUUAUAUUAAAUAACUCAGAAAGACUUGGAGUCUUGCCAGUCUUUUCUUCAGGAGGAAAUGACAUCAUGUGGAGCAGGUCAUGUGAUCUGGAAUUAACACACUUCCUGGAGAGGUGUUUUUGUAAUGGGUAACUAAGUUGAACGUGAUUUCUUGGACACAGAUACAAUUUGCUAUUUUCCAUUAAAAAAAUUUGAUAGAUUGCCAAACAAAAUAUCUGUGAUGAUUAUCUCAACUUAAUAAAAAGAACACAAUCAAAAAUACUUUUUAAGAAGCUCAUUUUAUUAUUUUUUUAGCUAAUUAGAAGGUGGUUGUUAUUAAAUUUGGACGGUUAUUUAGUCGACAUUUUAGUGAUAUUCAGUCAUUUUUAUUAAUAAAUGAUUUUUUCCAUAAUAAUUAAUUAUGGAAUUUGUAAAGACAUGAUCAUAAUGAACAUAAAAAACAUAUUUUUUUUAACUUUUAGUAAAAAUGUAUGCAGGAUAUAUCCCAUGGACUUCAAAAGUCCCUCAAAUAUAUUUUGACCCUUAAUUUACGCAUUCGUCAUUUAUGUAGUAGUUGGAAAUCCACAAAAACAGAAUAUUUAGGAAAUAUUAAUUUUAUUUCAUUGUAUCAUUGAUUCAGAAUCUGCAAUACUAGAUAAGUAUAUCAAAUAAUCUCUGAUUAUGAGAAAGUAGUAUGAAAACUAUUUAAACAUGAAAUACUUAGUCACAUUUUUUAAAAAAAAGUUAUUUUCAUUGAAUUUCAACAACCAAUUAAGUAGAUAUGACAUUGUACCACAAAAACAAAAAUAUUGUGAGAUAUAACAUCCACCCAUCCAUCCAUUAUCUAUCCACUGCUUAACCCUCAUUAGGGUCGCGGUGAGCUGGAGUCUAUCCCAGCUGACUUAGGGUGAAGGCAGGGGACACCUGGACAGGUCACCAGCUGCUACACAUAGAGACAGACAACCAAGCACCCUCACAUUCACACCAACAGACAGUUACAAUCACCAAUUAUUAACCUCAGCAUGUUUUUGAACUGUGUUAGGAAGCUGGAGUGCCCUGUGAGAACCCAUGCAUGCACAGGGAGAACAUGUAAACUCCAUGCUGAAAGAUCCCAGGCCCAGGAUCUUCUAGCUGCAAGGCAACAGGGACAACCACUGAGUCACUGUACAGACCAAAAUAUAACAGAGAAAAUAUAUUAUUUAAUUUGGGCAUAUUCUUCGGCCCACUUUGUCAGUAUAAACCUUUGGAUGAGCCUUGUCUUGUACUUCUGUUAAAUUUUGGGGGGAAUUAUUGCUGGAUAAUGUCAUUCUGAUUGCAUUAGCUUGUUAUACCUGCUGAAUCAGUUAUAGAAGUUCAAUGAAAAUAACAUUUUCAAACAAAUAAUAAUUGAGUGGUAAAUUUAGUCUCAGGAUCAUUGUGGAAACUGGAUUCUCUUGCUUUGUGUUCUAUUGGGAAUAAACUUAGAUAUGCUAUAUCACAGAUAUUAUUUCAAUAUCCAUAGUUUAGGAUACACAUUUCAAGUAAAUCACAAAUUGUUGAACAGAAGUCUGGUGACGAUUUGACGCCAUUACUGUAUGAACAAAAAAUCCUUGUGAUUUAAUGACCAAUCACACCACUGCUCUUAAAGUCAGUCAGCAAACAGUGACUUUUAAAUUCUGAACAAUCAAUGUAAACAAGUGUGCAGUAAAGCAGAGGUGAUAGCGAGAGACUAUUCCAGAGGGACAAGUUCUCUGUUUUCUCUUUUGAGUAUUGAAGUUUCUAAUGCUGACGUUUGCCCAAUGACAAAGAAGCUCAAAUGGUGCAGACAUCAAUUUAUAAACAGCAACCUGACUGACGCUUUGAUGAAUGCAGAUUCCCACAAGAUUUUGAGAAAACUCAACAUAUCAGGGAUGAAGGAGAAAUAUGAAAUGUAGCUGUUUAUUGACUAAAAGAACUGCAAUGUUUGUGGUUGAUACGCGUGGAUUGUGUGGCAACUGCUAUUAGAAAAAAGGGCAAUUCGUGGUUUAUAUCAAAUGCACAAAACAAGUUGUGUAACUCCCAGCGCAUGUUUUGGUUUUGUGAAACAAAAUGAUGUGCAUUUGAGAGUAUAGCAAUAAAUGUGUCUGUCAA